AUGAUAUACUUAAGGAACGAGAUGAAGCUCAAGUUCACGGACGCAGCUGCAGUAGUGAAUGUUUUUGCUGGUGUAUCAGCUGUUGCUCAUCUUGGCAUGCAGUUCUUAGUUGAUGCAUUUAUUGGUCACUUUUGGAUGCUCUGCUUCUCUACUUUGGCAUUCAGUUUCGUAAGUUCUUACACUUCCUCUCAGCUUUGGUUUCCUCAGAUAAGUCAAUGGUUUGUAAGAUUCGCAGUUCCUGCUUGCUGCGAGGUCUUAGCAAUGCUGAUUUUUCUAUCUGGUGCUAGUUCAUACAAACGGGAAAGACCUAGUGGGAGCCCUUUGACAACAGUGUUCCGGGUCUUUGCUGCUUCUGCUUCCAAAAUAUCUAGUGGAUAUCAAAGCAACUCAAACCAGCUCUAUGAAGAUACUGAGUGUGGUCUUGAUAUGAAGCCCCACACAAGUAGCUUGAGGUGCUUGGACAGAGCUGUGAUGAUCCUUCAAACCGAGCCCUUGGAACUGCAAAGGGAAAACAGAUGGAGACUUUGUAGGGUUACAGAAGUUGAGCAAACCAAAAGCGUGAUACGCACGGUUCCUUUGUUCACGACAUCUCUUAUCUCUGGGAUUGUAUUCUCCCUUGGUAACACUUUCUUUCUCGAACAAGCAAACCAUUUGGACUCCAAGUUCGUAUCCUGGAACCUCCCUCUCCCACUCCUCUUACUCUUUAGUGAGGCUGCAAGGCUAGGAUCUAGAGAGUUAUGCGUCAUGGCUGCAAAACGCAACGCCAAGUUACCAAAACAAACCAAAACACCAUAUGGUAUACCAGUCUCUAUCAUCCUAUCGGUAUUCUGUUCCGCCAUUGCUGCUCAUGUUGAGUCCAUGAGACUCAAAGUGGUUAGAACUCAAGAGACCGUCCCCAUGAGUGUUUUCUGGUUGCUCCCACAGUACGUUGUUCUCGGUUCAAUCACUGGGAUUUAUGAAAACAGCUUUGCGCUUUACCUAGAAGAAACAGUUCCCCAAGAGUUAAUCAAAACAUGGUUUUGUUUAAUGUGGGUGUGUGUGGGGUUGGGAUCAUGA